AUGUCGUUCUUCUCCAGUACCGUCGGCGUCGUGCGCUCGCUCCCGGUUGGCGGGCUUCCCCGAGUUGCAUGGAUGCACAUCCCCCGUGUUAUCCCCGCCUCGCCUGUUGUAAACUUGAAUCUCAAACUGGCCGAUAAGCCCACAGCCAUUCCCCCACCCAUGGCACAGGCAUCGUCUUCACGACUUGUUCCAGUCGUCGCCCAAACACCUGCUCCUCCGCUGAUGUCUCGGGGGUUUGCCACGCUUGUGGCCCAGCCACAAACCAGGCCCACCCGCCCCCCUCUCCGCCGAGCAUCUCCCUCCCAGACAAUCCAACGCAGGGCGCCACAACCGCCUGCAGUUGCUGAACCCAAAUAUGCCCUACCCCCGGCGAUGGCUCGCGGAGUCGUUGGCCAACCACAAUUUAUGCCCACCCGCCCCCCGCUGCGUCGUGCUUCUCCUUACCAGACCACCCAAUAA